AUCUUGUCAAGCGUCUGAUGAACCUGUGGCGAAGUGGCCAGGAAUCUAACGUUGCUGGGGAUUUUGAUGACCAGCCUUGCGAUAGCCGGACCUCCCUUGUGUAUACCCUCCAAGACGGCCAAUGUGCAUCCCACCCCAUAUUUGAAAAAGCGGACUCGCAACACGGCACUUUAAUCCGGACCGCGACCCCUCAGAUAUUGACGUGCGGUUCUUUCGUUAUGGAGCCCAGUAACGUCACCAGGCAAACCCGUUUUCCGACGGCUUCUGGUGGACUCGGAGACAUUUACAAAUGCACAUUGACCUGUGGCGCAAGUACGGCAGAGGUAGCGGUUAAAUCCCCACGGUUUCCAAGUCUAACUGAAGCCGAAGUUGCCAAAAUAAACUAUAAUCUUGAUCGCGAAAUCAAGAUAUGGGCCGUAUUGAAACAUCAAUAUGUAUUGCCCCUGCAUGGCACCGUGACAGGUUUCGGCCCGUUUCGCGCAUUGGUUUCCCCCUGGAUGCCAAACGGGACAUUGAACUCCUAUCUGAAUCAUGCGCAUAAAAGUCUCACGACGAUGGGUAGACUUCGUAUCCUUAAACAGAUCGCCGAGGGGCUGAAAUAUCUCCACGACAACGACGUGAUUCAUGGCAAUUUGACAAGUAACAAUGUCUUGGUUGCUGCCGAUGGAUCCCCGCGCCUUGCAGACUUUGGCAUAUCGAAUAUCAUGGUAGAGUCCAACCCAGCGUUCUCCUACCAAACUGGCGCAGUUCGCUGGGCCGCGCCAGAGCUCAUCGCCCUUGAGAUUGGUCAAACGGUGCAAUGUGCCACGAAAUUCAGUGAUAUAUAUGCUCUCGGAUGUAUCAUGCUUCACGUCAGUCUCUUAUUUACCUUGUUCAUGGCACCUGACACAGUUUCUGCAGGUGCUAUAUGGAAAACUGCCCUACUGGUGGAUUAAGACUGCUCUGCAAGUCGUAGCAUCAAAGUUCAAACACCAAGAGCUGGUCUCACAGUCCAUCAAUGGUGUCGUGCAAAUUCCAGCGGAUCAUCAUGAUUUUAUGAGGCGGUGCUGGUCGAUCAAGAGCGACAAUCGCCCUUCAGUUGAGGAGGUGCUAGACUUCC